AUGACUUUCACCCAAUUUUCUUUCUCAUUCCUUGUUGUGUGCUGUCAUCUCGGCCAUCUGGUCGUUGGCCAAGAUAUAACAGCACAAUGGAAUCAAGUCAUCAACUUGAAUGGUAAUAUGGCCCUCAACAGGAUAACAUUUCCUGACAAUUCGAGAAUCGAGACUUUCUCGCAAUCACAACAACAACUUAUUGUAAAUCAAAAUCCAAGUCCACUGACCGCCAACCAUGUGGUGGGGUCAACGGGGCAACCUUUCGUGCAAUUGUCGCAGAACUCGAUGACCAUAGCGACGAACAAUGCAACGAAUCUCGUGGGCGGCCAAAUUGAACUUCCAAUAGAUCCAACGAUCCUCCAACAGAACAACAUCAGUCCCGAUAACGCAUUCGUAGCCAUGCUAUCUCCUGGGCGACAGGCUUGGAUUGUAGUGGAGGGUAUGAAGAGUGUUAACACGUGA